AUGAGCCAGUUGAAGCUCCUACAGGAGUUGAUUUUUGGGUUUACAGUUGUGCGCGCUGGCGUUUUUGAAGCAAAGAAAGGGUCGGCGUACGUUGAAUUAUGCGGUACUAAGUUAGUGUGUGUCGUAGAUGGGCCAGUGGAACCUGACAGGUCAGGCGGGGUUGACGAUGAAGAGGGGAUGGUCAAGGUGGAGGUAAUAGGAAGUUCGAAUCUUAGUCAGGUACUUGAAUCGGCUCUGUGUUCGUUUGUACGUCUUGAUAGGUUUCCAAAGGCACAAAUUAAUCUGGAUGUCAUCAUACUAGAAGACAGUGCUACAAGUUUAGCUGCUGCGCUAAUGGCAUCUUCCGUCGCUUUGUGUAAUGCAGGGAUCGAAACAUACGAUAUUUGUUUAGCGUCUCAUUUCUGGGUCUCUGCUGAAGGAGAGUUACUCGGAAGUAAAUUGGCGCCAGGCGAUGAGUACUCCUCACUUACUGUUGCUGUCUUGCCGUCAUUAAAUCAAAUGGUGUGUUGUGAGCACCAGGGGAUAAUAGAACCUUCAAUUCUAAUGAAAGCGGUACCUUCAGCAAUAGAAAAGUCUUUGUCAAACUAUUCAGUUGUGAGGAGGGCAAUCGAAGCUUUCUCCAUCCCUGUUAAUGAAAAGAAGAGUUAA